AUGGCAAAUAAUAAUAGCAAUAAUAAUAAUAAUAGCAAUGGCAAUAAUAGUAAUAAUCAUUCACCCCACUCAUCCAACUUAAUUGUUUUACCCAAAAACAGCUCUUCUAAUAACCUAAACAAUGGUGUUCCAUCGCCCUCAGUAUCAAAUAAUUCGACUGCAGCGCAAAAUAACAGCAAUAGUAUUAAUAACAAUAACAAUAAUAGCAAUAAUAACAAUGGUAAUAACAAUAAUAAUAAUAAUAGCAACUAUAACAAUUUAUCAAACCAAUCUUCAAAUAGAGGAAGAAAAAGAACUCAACCAGUAGAAGAAAAACAAAAAAAUCAACCAACCCCAAUCCAAACACAACAACAUUUAUAUAAUAAAAAUAAUGAAAAAAUAUUUUUGCAAUACACUGUUGGAAACCAAACUGCAUCAACGCCUCUACAAAACUAUCAACAACUAAACAGUAACAACACAAACAAUAUACACCCAAUGUUUUCAUCUCAAAUACCAGGUAAUAACAAUAACUCAAGCAGCUCCAAUUCCAACUCUGGUAGCUUAAACAACUCAAAUCAUAGCCAAUCCUACUCUAAUCUUUCAAACUUUAAUGGCAACACCAGCAACCCUAAUAACUCCAACAACCCCAAUAACCCAAAUAGCUCCAAUAACAACACAAACAACAAUAGUAAUAAUAGUCAAUAUCAUUCCAACCUUUCUCAACAACAAUCUUUAAACAACCAACAAGAACAAUAUGAUAAUGCAAAUGACAAUGGAAAGAGAAAGAGAAGCCAAGCUCUUUUUGAUUUUAACUGUGCUGACGAAACAAACAAUACAGCAUCAAUUUCAUUUAGCUUACGCUCCCUGGUAACUAAAAUUGAAAGAAUGGAAAGAGAAAGAGAAAUAUUAAUAAACGAAAAUAAAAAACUAAGAAAAGAAUUACAAGAACUUGAAAAUUUAGGUGCCAAAGCAACAACAUCGCUCACCCAACUAAUGGAAGAUACCUCAAGACUUAAGAAUAGUAAAGAACUAUUGGCAAAUAGAAACCAACUCCUCCAACAAACAAAUGAAAUAAUUCAAAAUCAAUUAAAAACUUUACUAUCCUGUUGCUCACCUACUCAUUAA